GACGCCCGGUAGGAGGUGAUCUUACGGCCGUCCUGAUCCAGACCACAGCAGCAGCAGCAGCGGCAGCACGAGUCGCCCGUGCCGAGCAAAUGCGCGAUCACGCGACUCCACGGCGAACAAAGGACUGGCGCACACGGCAACCGACUUACGCGAACGUAUCGAAGCGCACGACGCGUCGCGGUUCACAAAACGCCGAGUCUAAUCCCGCAAAGUCGUAGGGAACUUUAUUUAGUUUCGCUUGUUUUGUCGAGCUCGCGUCCCACCUCUUCCCCCACGUCCCCUCCCCGUCGUUUGCUCACCGCGAGGGACACGCGCGCCCAUGUCUUCCUCGCAAGUGUCCCGUGUGCGACGCAACGGCUCCCCGCCACCGCAGCCCGGCCGCAAGCACCAACCCCUUCGCGCCACCGUUCCCUUCCAGCUGCUCGGCGCGACCGCGACACGCGGCCCUGCCCCGGCCUCCAGCCCUGCCCCUGCUGCUGCUGCCCAGGGCUGCCCGCACAACAAUGGGGGGGCAGCAGCAGCAGUAGCAGCAGCUGCCUCUGCUGCUUCCUCCGCUGUGGCUACGACGCCGGCCACCGUCGCCUCGGCUGUGGUGGUGGCGGCGGCGGCGUCUUCCCACGCCGCUCAGACGGCGCCGUCGUCUGGGUUGGGCCCCGGGCACGGCGGCGCGGCCCAGGCAGGCGACGCGGGGUCGGGCCCGCCUGCUGCUGCUGGUGCUACGAAGCAGGCGGCCUCGCCUGAGAGACGCAGCCCAGCGUCGCCCGGGUGCAAAGCAGCAGCAGCAGCAGGAGGAGAGCGCCAGCGCGUGGCGCGCACGAGCUCCUCCUCCCCCUCCGUGGGGGGCCCCGCCCGCAGGGCCACGGCGGGCGGCGGGGGCGGCUGCCCCGCGCCGCUGGACGCCAUCGCGGGGGUGUACCUGACGGGCCAGUGGCCCCGCGACCACCACCACCACCCCCACCCCGCCGCGCCGGCCGUGCGGGACAAGGCCACCCAGGUGAGGGCGGCGCAGCGGCGCGGGUCUCCUCCCGGGCGCGGGAACCCGGCACGGCGCCGGCACGGGGCACGGAAUGGGCGCGGGGUGAUCGCCAAGCUGCGACAGCAGCUGCAGCGGAGCAAGCAGAGCGGCCUGGAGCGGGAGGCCGUCUCUCCGCUGCUCGCCGGGCUCACCGGGCUCACCGGGCUCACCGGGGCCGCCACCGCCGCCGACCGUCGGCGCCCAGCCGCCGGGGGGGGGGGGUGGAUGCAUUUGCGUGCUUCACAAGUGGCGGGCGCGCAACUUGCGCGGAGCAUUUUGACGUCCCAGCGUCCGAGUCGUCCCACACCUGGAGACGCGUCGGCGUUGAGCUCCCACGGACGAUGCCGCGUCCGCACACCGCAGGUGGCGAUGCCGAAGCCGAUGGCCAUCGCCCUGGCGGGGUUUCCCAGCAUGCCCGGCGGGAGCGGCGGGGGGGCGGCCCCGGCCCCCACCCUGGGCAAGGGGGUGUUGCCGCGUCUGCGCGCCAGCGUGGAGGCGCUGAACCAGGAGAUUGAGCGAGUGUUCGUGCAGGAGGCGUGGUGCCACGACUCCCCGCGGCAGGACGCUCCGGAUGGACGCCGGGCCCCUCUCCCGACGAGACCGUGCAGCUCCAACUCCGGCAUCGGCGGCAGCAGCAGUGGCAGCAGCGGCGGCAGCGGCAACAACGCGGCGACCCGCAGCGUGGACACGCAGACACCGUCAGCGCUCGACGGCGAACGCUGCCGCUCGCUCCCCGCGUCGCCCGCGCUGCUCCCCCCGCUCCCUCCCGCCGCCGCGACUGCUGCCGCUCUCCACCAUCACAACCACCACCACCAGCAGCAACAGCAGCAUUACAGCAACCACCUCGCCGGGCGCUCCCCUCCCCCUCCUCCGCCUCCGCCCGUCCACGGUGCCGCGGCGCUCACGGUGAAGCAGCAGCAGCAGCAGCAGCUGGCGCCUGUUGUGAUGUCAUCGACGUCGUCAUCCACAUUGACGGCCCUCGCCACGGUCGAUUAUGUGAACAGAGAAGGAGGGGGAGGUGGGGGCGGGGGGCCAGAGGGGAGGGGCGGCUCCCCGCUGCCCAAGUACGUCUCGUCGCCCAAGCCCAACCACAGCUACACGUUCAUGCGGGAGCCUCCCGAGGGUUGCGAGCGCGUCACGGCCUUCGAGGAGACGCAGCAACACAAGGAUAUUCCGUCGAUCUUCUGCCCGGACAAAAACAAAGUGAACUUCGUCAUCAAGAGCGACACGGCCUUCUGUCCCAUCAGCCUCCUGCGCCCGCCGCCGCGGAUUCUCCGCUUCACGCCCGAGCCGGCCCAAGGCUCGGCGCAGGACGCCGGGCAGGGCUCGGCGGGGGACGCGCCGGAGGAGAUGGAGUCGCCGAGCUGCAUCCUGCGCCAGCACUCAACCGACCGCUAGCGCGGGAACCCCCGGGAGAGAGGGGGGGGGGGCGGCCGGUGGGAUGGGAGGGGUGCGCGAACAUUUGUACGUUCUGAAAACAACAACAGCAACACGUUCGAUGAUGAUUCGUGAUCAAUGAUGAGAAUUGUUCAUCGACACCACUCAGGGUAUGGAGCAACGUGAACCAGGAAGGAGGAGCGCACCAGGUGGAGGACGAGGAAGAUGCGGUGGUGGUGGUGGAGGAGGAUGCGGUUUCGCAAGCGGGGCGGGGGGGGGACAACGUGAGACGGCUCCACGAUUGAGACAUCGACGUUGACACCGUGACCAGCACGCGCUCGGAAGUCCGUUGGCGGUUCCGGGCAAGCGUCGUCAAUGCCACGUUCCUAUGGGAAAAAUCUCCCAUCAUAGAGGGGUUUUUUUGGGGUUUCGCGUAAAUAUUUACGCGAUCUCACCCAAAGAACCCGUUACGGAUGAUAUUGGUGGCGGAAGCCUACGCGUUGAACGGAAAAAUCUCCGUUUGUCGAACUUGCAGGUUCCGUGCUCCCCAACAGCCCUCCACCUCCGCCAACACUUGUAAGACCUGCGUUGGGAGGUCUGGUCGGAUGACUCCCCCCCCCCCCCCCCCCCGCCCCCCACGGUUCGUGUACAGCAGUGGUGUGGGGCAAGGCCGUCGUCAAGCAGUGGAGGGGGGGGGGCGGGUGGUGUGUGUGUUUUACGUGCGGUCGUGGCGGAAGAGAUUUGCAGAUAAAUUUUCUUUUGGCAUCCGGGGGGAUCCUUCACCAACUGCCCCUGCUGCAAGCACGGCGGCAUGUCACUGCUGUGGGGUUGAACCAAUCGGACUGCCCUGGCACGCGCGUCCGCAAGGUGUGUGUGUGUGUGCGUGUGCAAGGUGCGUGUGUGCGCAAGGUGCGUGUGUGUGUGCGUGUGCAAGGUGCGUGUGUGCGCAAGGUGCGUGUGUGUGUGCGUGUGCAAGGUGCGUGUGUGCGCAAGGGGCGUGUGUGUGUGCGUGUGCAAGGUGCGUGUGUGCGCAAGGGGCGUGUGUGCGUGCGUGCUCCGGCCAUCUCGGUCGGGUCAACCCAUCGGGUCUGUUCGGCUAACCUGUCAAGUGAGCCUUCCACGCCUUCACGAAGCCUCAGUGCACCUAGCCUGGCGCGGGCGUCGUGGUGACGUCCGCGUUUACCGACCCCGUUCGCCGAACAGCUGUACGGGGUUUUUUUUAUUCUUCCCCCUGCAGUGGAAAUAACGAUUGGCGAUCAACUUUUGGUGUGGGGAGAGAGGGGGUGGGGGUGUGGGGUGAAGCCACAUCACGAUCUGGCCGAAUCGCCUCGUGCCGUAAGACCCUCCGCCACCGGACGAAGGCACGCACCGCACUGCCACGCACCGCCACGCACUGCACCGCACCGCCACGCACUGCCACGCGCCGUCACGCACCGCGAAUUCGUGCCCUGACUAAACCGAGACGAGGGAGGGGAUCGAUUCUGGAAGUGCACGGCGAUCCCGCGUCGUGACGAUUCAUCCGAAGGCCGGUGGCGUUUCAAGGAAUCCGAUCCCACGUGCCUCCGUGCUUGGCACGUCAUUGGUGGUGACGACGAUGAUGGUGGCAAUAGUAGUAAUGGUGAUGAUGGCGGGUGACGGCUACGGUUACGAUGGCGACGGUUAACAAGGAAGAGCUAUCGCAGGAGGAGGUUGCGUGCCCAUUUGUGGAGGGGGGGUGGGGGGAGUGCCGGUUUCCGGACGGCGACAUGGAGUUGCUCAGACUUCCCAAACUGCGGGGAUGCCGCGACUGGUCAUCUGCCAAGACCCCAGAUGUGGCUACUCUGGCCUCUACCGUGUGGGUGCUGAGCGGAGGAGCCAUUACACGCUGUGUGUACUUCUGUCUAUACGGCUUGUGUGAGUGAGUGUGUGUGUUCGUGCAUUCCGUGCGAGCAUGUGCGUGUGAGCGGUAGUGCAGUGGGCCAGCGCGCUGCGCUGCGAACCCGGCGACCCGAGUUCGAUUUCCCGCUCAAGGCCAACGCCGGCGUGACGGAUAUCUGAACCGGUCCUGGACGCUCGCCUAGGUCGACUCGGCCUCAAAUGAGUACCUGGUGCGGUGUGUAGUAAACAUCGCCACUGGGGAGACAAAGGCGGCAGGUCGUGGCGCUGCUCACCAACAGCACUUGCCCCAACAGUCUGAGGCUAUACAGGGGAGGGAGGGGGGGCCUUUGUCUUUGUAAGGUCAACGUGCACCUAGCCUGGCACAAGCGCCGUGGUGGCGAACGACGGCGCUCGUCGACGCAGCGUCUGCUCGUAAACAUAAACAACGAAAAACAACAAAUUCCUCCGGGCUGGCAAUACUUUGUGCAAAUUUCACGAUGUUUUUUAAUUGCUUAUGCCUAAGAAGUAUUUUUAAAAAUGGCUGUUAUUCCCCACAAACGUUGCUUUUGUAAGCAGGACUUUACGUGAACGAAGAGACACAAAUGCACACCACGUGUUCUCAUUGACAAUAGGUAAAUUUCAAAAUAUCACUGUCCUGGUCACAAAAGCAAAGUUUGUGGGGGAAUAAUAGCCAUGGUCUGUACUUUUGAGGCGUAAGCACUUAGGAAAUAAAACUUACUACCCAGGAAAACAAUGUAUUUUUGUGACACUGCUAUCCCUUCCCCUCCACACUGCUUGGUGUGGUGUCGCCGCUUCACUCGGGGUGCGAACCCCCCCAGGUGCCUUCGUCUCAGCGGCAUCCCUCGGCAAACCCGCACCGACCAGCGAAGUAUGGUCGAAACUAAGGGGGAGGCCUUCAUCCAGCGGUGGAUUUGACGACGAUCAAAGGGCUGUAAAUUGUAACUGUUUUUUAAUAUACGUACACAUCCUAGGCCAGUAAGAGUCCGUGUCUGCCCGGUUUUUUCUCUCGUCACGUGUAAAAGCUCACCACUGUCUCUGUGUGCACGUGUGCUGUGUGGGGAGUGGUGGUGGCGCGGUUAGCGCUACAAACCUGGCGACCCGAGACUGCAGGGAUUCAUCUUCUUGGUUCUUUCGGUAAAGUCACGUAGAAUGGAAAUAAUGACUUUAAACCCCUCGCCAAACCUCCUACGCAUUUCACAAGUAGUAUUAAUCGCAUAUCUGCAUUUUCCAUAAAUAUGCUAAAUUCCUCUUGAUAUGCAAAUUAUUUUGUCAAGGCGCUCUCCCUCCCCUCCAUCCCAGCUUAAAAAAGACGCUCUAAGCCUGGGGUGUGUCAUUCAGACUGUCUCCUUGACAGACCUGUUCUUCACCUGAGGACGGCUGCUUGCGUUGUGGCCGAAACGUCGUGAGAAUUAUUUUAUUAUGUUUUAUUUUUAUUAUUUUAUUUCUAUUCUACGUGACUUUACCUAAAGAACCAAGAAGAAAAAACUGGCGACCCGAGUUCGAUGCCCGAUCACGGCCACCAACUGCCGGUGACGAUUGUCUGAACCGGUCCGGGGCCUCCCCCUAGGUUGACUCGGCCACAAAUGAGUACCUAAGGAGACAAAGGCGGCCGGGCGUGGUGCUGUUGGCCACCCACCCCCUCGUGUGCCGCAGUGCCCGCCUGCAUAGGCGCUGCUACUCGCUAACAGCACUUGCCCCAACAGUCUCUUGAGGCUAUACGGGCGGUAAGGGGGGGAAUCUUUGUCUUUAUUUUGUUGUACACAAGACAAAGAUCUCCCGUGUAGCCUGUAACAGACUGUAGGGGCAAGUGCUGUUAGCGAGUAGCAGCGCCUAUGCAGGCCGGCACGGCACACGAGGAGGUGGGUGGCCAUGGUUACUUCACGCCGCACCAGCACCAGGUACUCAUUUUGAGGCUGAGUCGACCUAGGGUGGAGGCCCAGGACCCGUUCAGAUAAUCAUCACUGGGUGGUGUCCGUUGAGCGGGAUUCGAACUGGGGUCGCCAGGUUCGUAGCGCAAUGCGCUAAUCGCUACACCACCGCUCCCCACGUACACACAGACAGACACACACAUAUAUAUACACACAAACGAUGUAAUCUCAGGACUGGCUGUGGCACUUCGCGACUCACGCGGAGUCGCCCCGUGCUGCUGGGGAGGAAGUUGCUCUCUCAGCGGCCGCUUGUGGAUUUAUUUUUGUAAAGAAAAAACACAAAGAAAUAUGCACGCACGCGGUUUGUUGUUGCUGUUGUUUCCAUUACACGAUAGAGAAAUUAACGUUGUGGGUUUGUUUUAUAUUUUAGACCCGGAAGAGGUAUGGGAGGGGGUGGGGGGGGCUCACAGUGGGGGCCCCCCCUCGUGUCUCAACGCCGGUGGGAGUUGUCAUCCCUUUCCCAGGAUGGAUUGCGGACGCCUGCGACUUAAAAUCCAGGUCCUCGAGUGGCUCGUGAGAGUCUCCCACUCGGCACACACUCUCUGUACCGACGGUGGUGAGAUGUUAACUGCCUCGCCUCGUAUACAGGAGGUCGUGGGUUCGAUCUCGACCCUGACGCCUGCUGCUGUGUAUUUUGAGUUUGCAGUGUCUCUCUCUCCCCGUGGUCGCCUGGAUAUCCGAGUCCUCCGGUUGUGCCCCCCCCCCUCUCCACAUUUAGAAUCAACAUCACGAGUUUAUAAUAUUUGGCUGCUUAUACAUUUCCACAUGAUGAUGAUGAUGAGCCGUCAUCUGUGAUGGCUCAGGUCGCUUCUGAAAUUAAAAAGAGCUGCGUAAGCUCCGUGUCA